CAACAGCUUGUUAUUUCGUUUAUUGCUUUUCAAUCCUGGCAAGCGGUGAACAGUCACAUUCGAGUAUUAAUCGCAGACCUUCGAGCUGGAAUCCCUCAAAUAACCUUUAAAAAUGAAGGCAGCGGAUGAGCCUGCCUAUCUGACCGUGGGGACUGAUGUGAGUGCCAAGUACCGGGGGGCCUUCUGUGAGGCAAAAAUUAAAACCGUGAAGAGGCUUGUAAAGGUCAAGGUGGUCUUAAAGGGCGAGAACACUUCACAGGUUGUCCAAGAUGACCAAGUCAAAGGACCUUUAAGGGUGGGGGCAACUGUAGAGGUAAAAAAUCCUGAUGGUUUGUGUAGUGAGGGUGUUAUUAGCAAACUGACAGAUGCCAGCUGGUAUACUGUAGUGUUCGAUGAUGCAGAUGAGAGGACAUUGAGGCGAACUUCUCUCUGUCUCAAAGGCGAAAGGCAUUUUGCAGAGAGCGAAACUCUGGACCAACUGCCAUUAACUAAUCCCGAACAUUUUGGCACCCCAGUGAUUGGAAAGAAGACAAAUCGAGGAAGGAGAUCUUCACUCCUUGUUGCUGAGGAUGAAAAAGAUGAUGAUUCCAGUGAAGAAGAUGACGAAGACAAAAGGAGACUUAAUGACAAGCUCCUGGGGAAAGUUGCCUGCAUACAGAGUGGCUCGGACAAGUCUGCCUGGUACCUCGCUUUGGUAAUAUCUCCAAGCUGCAGUGAUGAUUUGGCAGUCAAGAAGGACCAAUGUUUAGUGCGAUCAUUUGCAGAUUCCAGAUUCUAUACAAUAUCAAGAAAAGAUAUCCGAGAACUUGAUCUGAACAGCAUAUCAAAGUCUGAACUGGCUUCGAAAAAAGGGAUUCAGGUAGCGCUGACAUUCCUGAAGACAAAGGCCAUUCCGGAAAGCUGGAAGAUGGAUAUGAGUGAAAUCCUGGAGUCCUCAAGCAGUGAAGAGGAGGAUGGGGAAAGGGGUGAAAGUGAUGAAGAUGAAGACAAAGAGGUAGAAGAGGAGGAGCCAGAGGAGGAGCCUGACCCAGAGGAAAGAGACAAUUUCCUCCAGCAGCUCUACAAGUUCAUGGAGGAUAGAGGAACACCAAUUAACAAACCCCCUGUUCUUGGAUACAAGGAUUUGAACCUCUUUAAACUUUUCAGGCUGGUAUGUCAGCAAGGAGGCUGUGACAAAAUCGAAAGUGGUGCCAUAUGGAAGCAGAUCUAUAUGGACCUUGGCAUUCCUAUUCUCAACUCGGCUGCCUCCUAUAAUGUAAAAACUGCAUACAGAAAAUAUCUUUAUGGGUUUGAGGAAUACUGCCGGUCAGCACGCAUCCAGUUCAGGUCCAUCCACCACAGUAAUCCUGUAACCCAGGCGAAGGUGAAGGAAGAAGCAGAGGAAAAAGAAAAAGCGGAGGAGUUGGAGGUAGAGGUGGAUGGUGAUGGUGAUGAUGAUGAUGAUGAUGAUGAUGAUGAUGAUGAUGAUGAUGAUGAGGAACCUGAAGAUGGUGAAGGAGAGAAAGAAAAAAUACAGGCUGAAGUAGAGGAACCAACUGUGGUCCGAGUGCAUCCUGGGGAGGAUGACCACGAAUUGAGCCGUGAGAGCGAAAGAGAGAAGGAGCAAGAACAGGAAACCCCAUCUCCAAGAGGUCGAAGGAGGACUACACUUACACCUGUAAAAACAGUGUUGAAAGAAUCUCCAAAACUGGAGAAAAUUAAGGAAGAGAAUAAGGAAAAUGAAAAAGUGGAAGAUGUGGUAGAGCACAAUCAAAACACUGUUAGUGGAACUCCUGUAACGAGGGGAACCCCGAAACCAAGACCGGAAAGAAGUCCAAUACAAGAAGAGUCUGACAAAGAGACGGAGGAGGACGAGGAUGAGGACGAGGACUAUGAUGAUGACUACGACAAGCCAAGCGAAAGGGAAGAGAGUGAGAGCAAAGAGCAAACGGAAGAGGAGGGAGAGGAGAACCAGCAGGAGCAUUCUCUCAUGGGGACUAAAGUUAAAGUUAAAUAUGGCCGUGGAAAAACUCAGAAAAUCUACGAAGCCAAUAUUAAAAACACUGAAGUGGAUGAUGGAGAGGUUCUCUACUUAGUCCAUUAUUACGGCUGGAACACAAGGUAUGAUGAGUGGGUGAAAGCUGACCGAAUAAUUUGGCCUGUGGACAAAGGUGGGACGAAACAGAAACAAAAAAAGAAAGUAAAGAAUAAAGAGGAAAGUGAUAAAGAAGAACUGGAAGAGAAACCGAGCAAAUCAAAACGGGGACGGCCGCCUCUGAAAUCCACCCCUCCUCACAACUCUUCUCGCAAUUCUUCUAAAACUCCCAGUAGUGAAGGCAGAACCAGCACCAAAAGCACACGCCUCUCCGAUGUUUCUGCACUGCCAAACGGAGUGGAAGGAAACCCUAGAAGACGCACAAGACGCACCUCUGGAUUGUAUGAUUCUGAUAGAGGAUCAAAUGAUUUUGGCAGUUCAUCUGAAAGUGAAUCAGAUAUGUCUGAGAAAAAAAUGGAAAAGGCAGAUGCUUCAGACUCUGUAUUGGAUGCUGAUGAGGAGCAGCUGGAGAAUGACAAUCCUGAAAAGCCCACACAGGACCAAGGAAGUCCAAGCAGCCCACAGGAGCAACCAGGAGAACCACCAGAGGAACCACAAGUUGAAAUAUCUGUAGAAGUACCAGAACCCAAACCAGAUCCAGUCAUUGUGGUUGAAGAGAAUAAUCUGGAACUACAGCAGCAAGUUGAGGAAGAGGUUGAAGAAGAGGAAGAGGAGGAUAAAAAGGAGCUUGAGAAGUCACCUAAGUCCAAGGGUAGGAGGAGCAGGUCUAAGGAGCCUUGUGCAGAUACCAGCAAGACACUCGCUACAAAUCACACAGAGGUUACGACAGCUUGUCCCAAAACUCCAGAGAAAGUAAAAUCUGAGGAAGUCCAAGGAACCCAAGUUGUAUCUGAACAUGAAUUGAAGGACUCCGACACAGACUCAGCGAGUGAGGAGUUCUGUAAAGAAGACAAGAAGCCAGUGAAAAGAAAAGCUGCAGAGCAGCAAACACCUGAGAAGAAGGUGCGUUUGGAACAAAAGGAAGAACAGCCUGUAACUCCUGAAAAGAGAGUGGGAAGUGACUGCAUCAUCAAACUGGAAUGUCAAGACUGUACGGAGGAAGAAAAUGAAAUGAAAAAUGAGAUGCCUGCUUUAACACCAGAGGUGGAGAGGAGUAUCAAGGGUGAGACUGAAGCUUCUUUAGAGGAAAUUGAAGAUCAUAGUGUGUUGAAAAUCGAGGAAGACCUUAUGCCGCAGAUCGGACCUGAAGCCUUGGUGUGCCAUGAGGUAGACCUGGAUGACUUGGAUGAGAAAGAGAAGACCUCAGGUGAGGACAGCGCAGAAGAGAAGUCUCAGCCAACUAGUCCAAAGCUGAAUUCAGCUGAAGUGUCUACCGCAUCUCAGAAGGCUUUCCCUGUGGCGUCCCCCACGGCUCUCAGUCCUGACGAGUCCCACAGCACAAAAAGCGAGAGUGAUGUAACUAUUGAAGUGGACAGUGUCGCAGGAGAGUCUCAAGAGGGUCUGUGUGAGAGCGAGUCUGCCAAUGGAUUUGAUGCCAGUACCAGUUCCAGCAACUGCAGUAUAUCAGUACAAGAAAGGGAGGGAAAAGACCGUGGUCACAAAAGGUCAAUUGACUGUAAUAACAGCUCGUCGGCUAAAAAACAGAAGCGCAAUCAAAACCGUAAAAAUGUUGCAUUGAAAAAUGAAAAGAAUGGUGCAGGGCACAGCAGUGACAGUGAAGACCUUCCUGUCAUUGAUAACACCAGCAAGUGCACUCCAGUUAAACACUUCAGCGUACCCAAAGCUCAAAAACCCAAUAAGUCACCUGCAAGGGUCAUAUCGCCCAAUUGCAAAGAUGGGGAAAAGGAGAAACACAGAGAGAAACAUGCCCAUCCUUCCGUAAGAACAUACAAAUGGACUUUUCAGCUUAUUGGUACAGCUGAACUGGAUAGCAUGACGAGUACAGAUAGGAUAUCAUUUCUACAAGACAAACUACAAGAAAUUAGGAAGUAUUACAUGACACUGAAGUCUGAAGUGGCCUCCAUUGACAGGAGAAGGAAACGGUUAAAAAAGAAAGAGAGAGAAGUUUCACAUACAACAGCGUCAACGUCACCCGGUUCAUCGGAGACCGGAAUGAGCCCGCCCUCAGCGUCCCCGGCGCAAAACCCAGUGGCGGUGGAGUGCAGGUGAUGAAACGCUCCCAUCCCAGCAGUCAGCUGCCUCUGUGGACAGGUGCUGAGACUUUUAAAACACAAGCAUAGAUAAGCACUCAACUGGAUUGACCUUGCCAGUCCAUCUUCUGCGCACUUUCAGAUCCUUGUCUGCUUCCAGUUUCCAUUUACAAUGCAGAAAUGAAAAAAAAAAGAAGUUGGAAUAUGGAGAUUGGUUAAGUUUCACUUGUGACUACUUUGAGCUACAUUUUUACAGUACAAGGCACUUUUUUCUGCAAAAAAUGUCCUUCCCUGGUUUACUCUGAGACCAGCCUGGAUGCAGUAAAAUAUUUCAACAUCAGUGCAGUGGCAAAUGCGCUGACAAAAAAAUAGUUGACGUGGACUUUGAAUUGGAGAAAGGUCACUCCUAGCCUGCUGAGCUCUGUGUCAGACAUGGUUGGUGGAGGAUCAGUAAAGAAGUGCUUGCUAUGUAGAACUGCCAAAGUGCAUGUGUUCAGCAGAGUGCCCGAUUUUGAAAAAGCAAGACAAAAUAAAUUGCGAAAGGGAAUGUAGUUUACUGAAAACUGCAGAUGUUGCGUCUUCCACUUUUUUCUAGUAUUUUGAGCACAGGUAAUUAUGCAAUUAAGAUUUUUUUUUUUUAUGUUAACAGUGGAAUUGUAAAGAAAAAAAGUUUUCAGUGGACUGAUUUCCUUAGCAAGGGUAUUUUGUCUUUUUAUAUGUAAUUGCAGAGUUUUAUUUUAUUACAGAAAAAUUUCACAAAUAAAAUAUAUCACAACAGUGAAGUUAUUUAAUGAAACAUUUCUAGUCCUGAAAAUGUUGUGUAAAAUAAAGAUAUUAUCUUGUGACUUGUUAAAUAUAUUUAUUCAGA